AUGCUCUCAAUUAAAAAUUAUCUCUUUGAAAUUACAGUAAAAAUUUUUAUUUUUACUUUGAUUUUUGUUAUUAUUUUGUAUUUUUUAAUAAUAGAUACAAUAAAAUUACAAAUUAAGGAAUAAUUGAUUUAUUUAAAGCAAUGGCCAAAUGUAAAAAAUUACUUUCUCUUGAUGUAAAUUUAAACUUUAAUUAGAUUUAAGAUGAGGGAUUGCGACUUGCUAGCUAACAUAUUGCUUAGAUAAAAAAUCUAUCAUAAUUUCAACUCUAAUUAUAAUCAAAUAAAAUAAAAAAUUUUGGUGCUUUAGAGCUUGGAAAAGCUGUUUCAAUAUGGGAAAAAAUAUAAAUUAUAAACAUAAAUUUAUAGUAAUUUGUUAAAAAUAUCUACCAAAAUUAAUUAAUCUUUUAGAAGUAAUUGCAUAGGAGACUCUGGAGUGAUUGUAUUAAGUGAAUAACUAUCUAAAAAUAGCUAAAUUAAACAUAUUGAAUUGAAUCUUGGGUAAAAUCAUAUUUAUUCAAAGGGUAUUUAAAAGCUAGGAGAAUAUUUUUCUAAAUGCUAAAAGAUGAAAUCAAUAAAUUUAUUUCUAAUUUAAUUAUAUUGA